UCAUGCCAACAAUAUGGCUACUUUCAUUGCAUAUUGCGCGUUAUUUGCGCUCUUUAUCGGAACUAUUGCUGAACAAUUGAAUGGAUGUGAACAUAUAUCAGGAUUAUAUAAAGCUGCUGAUAGGCUGAAACUAAAGGGAGUGACAGAUGAAGACCUACAGUACCUACCAUCUUGUCUGAAAGGUACAGCUCGUGUUUUCAUUAUAUCAGUUCAGGAAAGUAACUUCACUUUGGGAGGACUUGUCAGUUCUUUGACGGAACGUGUUAGACAGUUUGUGGUCGACCUUGAAAUAAACAAUUGUGAACUGACAAAGAUUUCAGCCGGUGUGUUGUCCAAUUUACCAAAACUUCGCUACAUAAAUCUCGGUAGCAAUACAAUUUCAGUACUAGACACAAUGUCGUUUAGCAACAUGACUGAACUACAAACCAUUAAUUUGUCUAACAAUCGCCUGACGGCUAUACAACCGGCAACAUUCAGCAACCUACCGAAAUUGAAUGAAAUAUCUUUACAGAACAACAUGAUAAGCGAAAUCUCCCGGAAUGCAUUUCAAAAUGUACCUUCGUUGGUUGUAAUUUAUUUAGAUCACAAUCGCUUGCAGGCAUUACCUUACAGCGCAUUCCGGCCAGCAAAGAUAAAGUUCAUGCAUGCAAGCAAUAACGAGAUUCAGGAGUUACCAUCGAGCAUACUGCGUUUAGGCCAGCUUGUCAAUUUAGAUGUUCGAAAUAACAGCAUCGAGCAUAUAAGCAAAGAUGUAACUGCGUUACAGUACCUGCGAGAAUUGCACUUGAGUUUCAACAAUUUAACAACUUUACCGGAAGAAAUAGCGCCGCUUAUAGAAAACACGUCGUUUAACAUAGAACUUAGUAAUAAUCCAUGGGAUUGUGACUGCAACCUGCUCUGGCUUAUAUCCUGGGUCUCUCUUGGUAACAGCAGAGAAGACAUAUUCUGUGAAACACCACAGUUUAUCAACAUGAGCUUAUUUGAUAUCAGCGAACUUGAUUGUACAGAUCGGGUAAUCAAAGCGUUUCCUCGAUCAGGGUAUAUAGUUUUAGCAGUAGUUCUCGUGCUUGUUGCCAUUGCUACAUGUGCCACCAUCUUUUACAUAUGUGUUUGGAAUAGCAAGUCCAAGUCGAUGAAAAGGCCAAUUAUGAUGAUUGUAAACAGUCACUAUUAUAUACCUCAGUCAGACGAGGACAGUAAUGAAGUGACUGCAACAGUGAACUCCGAACAGAAUGGAUCAACAGAUAGUGAUACUCAACAAAAACAGAGUAUUGACAAGAUACAUUUUGGCGAGAAGAAGGUCAAUGGGCUACUGCGCCUGGGAAAACGAUUAGGUCGAGGUGCAUUUGGGGACGUUUUUGAGGGGCUUGCUGCAGAGUCAAAUAAUGGACUUUGGAAGAAAGUUGCAAUAAAAAGAAUUCGAGACAACGCUGCUUCGUACGACUCCGAUAAUUUGAUUAAAGAGUAUCAACAGCUGACCGAUAUUGGAAAACAUCCGAACAUUAUACAAGUUUUCGGAAUAGGAAAGCUUGAUGGUUCUCUAAUCAUGGUCAUGGAACUUGCUGAAAACGGCGAUAUGUUGGCGCAUCUAAAGGACAUAGAAAGAUCUAGCCACCGAACUAUCCGAAAUUUGGACUCAUCCGAAGAGAAAUUUUUUUUAGAAAACAAGCAUCCAAUACUAUUUUUGUAUAUGUGGCAUGUGGCAAAAGGAAUGGCUUAUCUUUCAGACAUAAAGGUGGUUCACAGAGACCUAGCGGCGAGAAAUAUACUGCUGGCAGCAGGAAACAUUGCUAAAUUGUCCGACUUUGGUCUGUCACGUGAUGUCUAUGAAAAUGGCUACUACUAUCAAAGCUCAAAGGGACGAUUGCCUUUCAAAUGGAUGAGUCCUGAGACAUUAUCUGAUGGGAAAUUUACAAUCAAAGAGCGACGUUUGGUCAUAUGGUGUCUUGCUGUGGGAAAUGGUUACAUUAGGGAGCAGCCCUUAUCCUGGUAUUCCACCCGACAUGCUGAUUAACAUGUACAAAUCAAAAUACAUAAUGCCUCAACCACCUUUAUGUCCAGAUAGCGUUUAUGCUGUAAUGAAAGAUUGCUGGAAACACAUUCCCGAAGAAAGAACGGAAUUUGCGUCAUUAGUUGACAAAUUAGACAAACUUGUUCAAACAUUUUCUAAAAAGCAAUAUAUGGAUAUGUCUUUUGGACAAGGAGAUGACCAAGUGUCACUACUAAAUGGAGAGUGUGCCACCAACACGAUGAAUAUAGAAUGAAGUUAGUGUUGGAAAAAUAUCAGAUAUGAAACAUGUGUUAACACUGGAAAAGAGCACUACCUAUAUCUGUAUUUUGAUUGAUGAUGUCUUUGUAUUUGGUGUUCUCGUAGUAAUAGGGCAAGAGCUGUGCAGGGCACAUUGAGAUGCUGUGAAAUAACUUUGUUAAUUCAAGAAUGCAUUGUUAAGACAAUUACUUAAAGUUUUUAUUUUAAAAUAAUACCGUCUUAUUAAUAUUGUUGUAUUCUCUUACAUUUAAACAACAUCGUGCCUUCACAUUGGUAUUGUAAUAAUUUUGUAUAUAAUAGAAUCUUUGCUAAAAUCUUUGCCCGUCUUUCAACGAAGUUGUAUCAUGCUUAUGUGUAAUAUAGACUAAACUAAAACAUAUCUUAUUAAUUCACCUGAGCACGAAGUGCUCAUUGUGAGCUGUAAGGAUCGCUCGAUAUUCGUCGUCCUUUCGUCCUACGUCGUUUAAAUAAUUCUAUUUCGUUAAAAAUAUGGUCUUUGGUGGGCGAGGCUAGUUUCCCCUGUAUGACUAUAUGUAAAAUUUGAAAUUCUGUUUCUUUUAACUGAGCUCGGCUCGUAAUAGAAUAAGUAUAUAGCAAUGUUCCUUUGAUGACUUUUUACCAAAUUUCUUCAAAUGUUUCUGUAUAAUUUAAAAACAUUGCCACCAAGUAGCGAGACUAGAUUUCCUUAUAUGGUUAUAUGAAUAACUUUAAAAACCUUCUCCUCUAAAAUUGCUGGCACGGUUUCAAAAAUGUUUCACAGCAAUGUUCCUUGUGUGAUACCAUAUUCUUUCAAGACAAUUUAUUAAAACCAGGCCUGCCUUGUGACAGGGAUAGUUAACUUUUCUUUAUAUGUCUGUAUGGAAAAUUUUGAAAACCUUCACUUCGGAAACUGCCUGCUCAACUUGAAAAUAAUUUCACAAUAAUGUUCCUUGGGCGCAAAGGGGGUGAGAUAAGUUUUUCCCUCAUGGGUAUUUGGUAAACUUUGAAAAUAUUCUCUUUUGAAACCGUUUGUCCGAUUUCAAAAUAUUUUCAAAGCAUAUUUCCUCAUUCCAAACUUUUCCAAUCCAGCUGGGAAUUUCAAGUGAGCGAUCUAGGGUCAUCAUGACAUUCUUGUUUAAUACGAGUUUCGUUUACAAUGGCUAAACUUGAAAACUAGCCAAAAGACGUCAUAAAUAUAUAGAUAUUCAAAAAUGUAUCUGCUAUAAGUGCACCAAAUCUGAAUUUGUUACUCUGCACUUUAGGAAAGGGCUAUGCAUUCCGGUCCACGUAAACGACGUCUUCAUACUAACUCUAGUUACGAUAUUUUUUCGUAAUAACUUUCAUUAUUUUUCUUAUUUAUAAAAUGUGCUCAACAACUUUUCCUAUUCAAAAGCUGUAUAUAUUUUGAAUAAAAAGAUUUUUCCUUUUUAAAUAACACAUCAAUCUCUAUUAAUGUAAAAUGUUUUAACAAAAAGCAUGUAGAUUUUUAAGAUUUUGUCUUUCUUCUAUGAGCAAUAUGCCUUAUCUAAUUAUAAAAUUAUUGCUAAUUGAUUACUGAGAUAUCUUUUAAGAUAUGCUACCUAAAAUCUUAUUAGAAGUUUCUGUCGGAGUUUUUAUAUUAUUCAAAGUUAUGUUGAGAUUUUCAGUUCUUGUGAUGUCAUUUUAUGUCAGCCGACACAUGCCACUUUGUUCGUCUCAGACUCGAAUGAUCAUUGAUCUUAUUUUUUUAGGACACGUCAGUAGAAUGUUAUAAAGUACAUCCACGGUGUUUAUGUAAUUUAUAUUGCAGAUACUAAAUUGCACAUAAUGGGACCAAGGCUGUAAAACUAGUCUGCAUAUUUAUUAAGCACACCUCUAUAUCAAUUGUAUUCCAGAAUUAUUAGUAUUAAGUAUGGGCGGCGGUUACCGCCAAA